AUUAUUUUAAAGUUCAUUCAAUCCAUUAAAUAGCCAAAUUGGGUGACAUCACUCACUGAUAUAUCCUCUACCAAUAGAGAUCGUGCACAUGACAAAUAUAUAUCUUCACAUAUCUUCCUGUGGUGUUACACUGACAGAAGGGAACAUUUAUGAAGCAGAAAAACUCCUGUAUUAGUGGCUUACAAAGUAUUUUAAAGGAGGAGAGUUGAAAAAUAAAGAUCAAAUGAAUCCAGUAAAAACUCAUGACAAAAAAGCUCCAGCAAAAGCUCUUUCAGUAUCUCACAGCUUUAGUUUGGCUGUGUUUCUGCUCCACCACACCAGAAUCAGACAGUUGAAUUAUCUCUUUGGCAUGUCACCAAGUUCAGCAAGGGCCUGCUGUAGACGUUUAUUUAAAUUAUGAGGGUUUAGCUGAGCAACAUCUAAAACAUGCAGGACACUGGCCCCUCAAGGCCCAGAACUGUCCGAACCAUUCUGGAGGACAGAAAGUGAUGAGGACAGUUUUCCAUUUGAAAUGUAGAGUUUGGUUCCUGAAGGCUUAAUUCAUUCAGCAAACUCCUAAAUAUGUAAUCUGCAUUAACAGACAUGAGUUUUUAAGUUUUUAACCAAUAUCUAAAGUGUGGGUUAAGAAUGUUAUUGAUGUAAAGCCCUAAAUACUGCAACAUAAAACCUGUAUAUGACCUGAGUUUUAAAAUGUGCACAUUCUUGCAAGAGCACAUUAACAUAGUUUUUAAAGGCUGAAUUUGUUGCCCUGACCUGUCAAAAAGUGUGACCAAUUCAGGUUUAAACGUGGACCAAAAACAAAUGAAUCAACACACUGUCCCAUUUGUGUAAGCUUCUCUGUCUUUAGCAACUAUUACAGUCAUGUUUAGUCUUUGAAGGAAGGAUUUGCAAAAAUAGCUUUGGAGCCAGCAGUCCUCUCCCCGCCUGAGUUUAUUAAACAAGACUUCCACCGACCUCGUUAUCUGCUUUCUUUCUUUGGAGUUAGCAUUUUUCAACUACAUUGAAUUUAUGCUGCUAAUGGACAAUAUAUGUUCUUUACUUUGCCAAAUAGAUGUGAAAUCUAUUGUAUAUUUUUAUGUGUCUGUCUUUAAUCAUCUUGAACAUUAUUAUUUAAACACUGAGUUAAAAUAUGUGCGUGGACAAAAACAUCAAGUUACAGGGGUGAUAUGGAGAAUCUUGUUUAACUAGAUUACUUCAUUAGUUGUUUGACUAUUCCCAUAAACUGCACAGAAAGCAACAAAUUCCAUAUUUUACUCUUAAGAGUUGUGAGCAAUCAAUUACAAACAACUAUAUGUUGUCAUAUAGUUGUGUUUUAUAUGAUCUCCCUGCUCCCUUUUCCAUUUUUCCCAGGCUGUUUCUUAGUCUUACAGCUUUUACUAGAAUAAUUUCUUGUUGCUAACUUUUUGCAUCUGAUAUGUGAUGUUCAAGGCCAUGUGGAUGGCUGAGUGUGUACGUCAGUGAGUGUGCCAGUACAUUUGUCUGCACUUGACCGUCAUUUGCACUGUGGUCCAUACUGUGGAGCAGGUCUGCUGAUCUAUUUUCAUGCAAUUUUAACAAUCUUGCUGAAGAUUAUGGUUGGAUUUUUUUUCAUUCAUGAAUUUCACUCCAUUUAUUCCAUUUAAUCAUCUGCUGAGUGUUUAACUUACUAACUUUAAAUAUUGUUUACAGUUGAACAUCAUGUAAUUGUCAGUUUUUUCUAGUUAUUUUGAUUUUGAUGUCAUUUGUAAUUUAAUCAAGAUGAAACAUACCCUCAUCACAUAAAGCAUAAAACAACUGAUUAGAGUUCUUUUGAGCAGGUUCAUAUGUUGUUACUUUUAAUCUGUAUUCUCAUUUUCCUUUCUUUGAACACAUCUCUCUUUCUGAGGCAAUAUGUAUAAGCCAUAUCUGUACUUCAGAAAAAUGUGGCUAGCUAUAAAACACACAGAAGGAGAGAAAUGUUUGAAGUAAGCCUGCCUUAACCAGUCGGGUUGAACCCCUUAUAACUCAAAUCCUUCAGAAUCUCUUCUAUAACCUUUCAGAAGUCAACAGUGUGUGCUUACUUCUGCUGAUCCCCUCAACUUAUGUGCCUUUUGUGAUGUCAUCAACCCAAAUACAUUUGAAACAGGGUCAGCUUUGUACUUCUGUGCAGUUUAAUUCCCUUAUAUUUAGUGGAACCCUGCAAUUGAAAUUCACUCUUCAAUGCCCAAUGUGUUCUUGCUGUCAGUGCACAAUUUUUAGUAAAAUCAAAUGGCAACUUUAAAUUGAAUUAUAUAUUUAAGUCUAUCUGAAGUAACAGUAUGUCCUUUUAUUUUAAACAAUGAACUGAAUAUAUAUAUUUUUUUCAAUUUGAGUUUAGCAAAACCGGUUUGGGGAGGGGGUGAUAUUUACAUUUUAAUGCACAUCCUGGUGUUUGCAUUUCUAUAUUUUAGAUCAAAUAUUUUUGUAAAAAGGUGGACUUAAUCUCUUGUUCAAUUUUAAUUGUCUGAUUGAUGUUAUAUAAAUUAUUGCUAGAAAGGCAAAUGUGUGGGGAAAGCAUUAAUUUGUUUGCAUGGUACUAGUCGGGCUGGCAGCAUGUUUGGGUAGCAGUGUAUUGGUUGAGUGAGAAUGUGAAAUGAGCUCUGAGCUGAGAAAGGAGGGGCUUUUAGACUCAACAGCGCAGACUGAGAGGGACCAUGGAGAUGAGUAAGUAUGCGUCAGAAAGAGGGAGCAGAAUAUCAGUUCUGGACUCUGAGAGAGAGAGAAAAGGAUACCGACGGAUUAUUCUCUUGCUUUUUGGACUUUCCUCCUCUACUCUUUUGUUUUGGAUUGCUUUACUUCCUUUAAAUCUGUCCCCAUGCUAUUGAUCCCAUCUCUCCAGGGGGUCUUUGAUAUGCUGAUUCCAGAGUUUUUUCAGUCUUAGUUAGCCCCCCGUAUUAUCUGUCAUUCUAAACUGAUGGUGGGCUGUUCCUUCUUCAAUGUUUCCUUGUCACCGUCAUCUUCUCGUCUCUGCACCAUUAAUUUCUUUGUGGUAUUACAAUGCCAGUACUGGAGAGGCUCUGGGGUCCAGAUCUCAGGAUGCAGGACUCUGGUCUCGGUGUCGGGGUCUGUCCCGACGAGCCUCCUGGCUCACGAGUGUGGACUCCUCCUGUUACUUGUGCUGGCCUGUCGCUGGCCCUGGAACUUCCCACUCUGAUCCGUCAGCUCAGGGCAGCCUGGAGAACUCGCAGAGGAGACCCUCGGGGGCCGGAGAGAAGUGAAGGCAGGAGUUGGGUGGAAGAAGAACAGGAGGAGUUCAAAGAGAUCAAGCAGGUCACAGAAAACAGCAAUACACAUGUGGAAGCUGAUGGCAGGCUGAACGCCGGUCAUGCUGGUGUGUUGCUGGCUGAGAGACGAGGUUCUUACCCGCCGAUCGAUCUGCGGAUCCUGAAAACAAAUUCACGGCCAGGGGAGGUCGAGUCCGGCACAAGGAGAAAGCUGAAGCGUCUGUUAAGCUUCCAGAGAUACUGCCAUGCCUCCAGGUUGUUGAGGGGAUUAAUGCCUCACACUCCCGGGUCCCUGCACUUGCUGGAUGAUGACUACUUGGGACAGGCAGCUCACAUGCUCUUAAAAGUAGACACAUGGAACUUUGACAUUUUCCUCUUCGAUCGUCUUACAAAUGGUAACAGUCUUGUGACUCUGAUGUGCCAUCUCUUCAAUGUUUGUGGAUUGAUUCACCACUUCCAGCUGGACAUGGUUAAACUACACAGGUUUCUUGGAAUGGUGCAGGAAGAUUACCAUUCCCACAAUCCGUAUCAUAAUGCUGUUCAUGCUGCUGAUGUUACUCAAGCCAUGUACUGCUACAUAAAAGAGACCAAGCUGGCGGAGCAGCUGACUCCUCUGGAUGUGUUCCUGGGUCUGAUGGCAGCAGCAGCUCAUGACGUGGAUCACCCUGGAGUCAACCAGCCUUUUCUCAUUAAAACCAGACACCACCUGGCAUCCCUCUACCAGAACACCUCGGUGCUGGAGAGCCACCACUGGAGAUCCACCGUGGGCAUGCUCCGAGAGUCUGGUCUGCUGAGCCACCUGCCGGCUGACAUGUCGCAGGACAUAGAGCAGCAGCUGGGUUCUCUCAUCUUGGCUACAGACAUCAACAGACAAAACGAAUUCCUGAUAACUCUCCGAGAGCAUCUGGACAACCAGGAUAUGGACCUUCAGCUGGCCACACACAGGCAUUUCAUACUUCAGAUUGCCCUGAAAUGUGCUGAUGUGUGCAACCCAUGUCGGGAGUGGGAGCUGAGCAGGCAAUGGAGUGAGAGGGUGUGUGAGGAAUUUUAUAGGCAAGGUGACCUGGAAAGGAAAUUUGACUUGGAGAUCAGUCCUUUGUGUGACCAACAGACAGACUCUGUGUCAGCCAUCCAGAUUGGUUUUAUCUCCUACAUCGUGGAGCCUCUGUUUGAGGAGUGGCAGCGCUUCACUGAGCCCAGCAUGCUCAGCCAAAUAAUGAUGGGGCACCUGCACAAGAACAAGGCUUGCUGGAGCCGACUCAGAUACGUACACACACUUGCAGAAACAAAAACUCACCUCCAUGUCGAAGAGCCUGAGCCUGAAGGAGGACAAGAGGAGGCAGAGGACAUCCCAUAAUGUCUCUCUUGUUGCUCUGAUGGUUUUUAAUCUCCAGCAUACAUGGAGGGGAGACGUUUUAAUCCAAAUCCAUGUUUAUUCUCCAGCACGUUUGUUUCCACAGCUGGUUGCCCUUACAGUGAGAGCACUGGAAGGCAGUGUGGCCAGGAAACAAGAAGUAUAGCUCCCCCUGGUGGAGCUGUGGUUGAAUGUAGCAUUGCAGGAGAAACAGAAAUGGAAGUGGAUUUACUGAGGAGCAGAACGAUCUUAGUAAGAAAAACAAAUGUGGACAUGCUUUUGUUUGUAACUUUGCGCUCAAAUAGAUCUAAAAGGUUAACUAGUUAACAUGUGUUAACUGAGGGUUCAGAUGUGAAUUUUAACAUGGGUUUAGUUGGCAUAAUAGUGAUAAGAACAAUAAAAAUGAGACGUAUAUAAAAGCCAGCUGGACUUUGCUGAAAAAAUAUGACAGAAUAACAAUCUCCUCACAUCCUUUAUUGUUUUUAAAAUUUAAAAAUGCUUGCACUCUUGUACAAUGUUUUUUCAUGUCUUUAUCUCACUUGUCUACCUUUCACUGAAGUGCGUUUUUAACUCUUAGCUUUGAGUCGUUAUGUCGAGGUACUGUACACUUUAACAUCCAGCAUGUUCUCGGCGUAAGACUGACUCAGAUCAUCAAUUUAAAUAAUGACUCACACUAAAAGUGGCUUAGGUCAGUGUUGCCGGCUUGAUGUUUCAUUGUUGAGCUGAAUCACCAACUUGAAGAGCCAAAUAAAAAAAAAAAGGUUUAUCUUCAUAUUAUAAGUUGUAUAAACUGUAUAUACUGUGAUGGAUAACCUGAACACUUCACAUGCCAAAACCUUUUUAUCUCUGUACUCUGUAAGUCACUUGAAAAUGUAACUCUUCUCACUUUUCUCUAAAAGCCAACUGGAUUUAAUCACAGCCUCACUUUACAAGCUCAUACACAACAAAGCCUUAACAGCCGCUUGGUCUGUCAGUAAAAAAAAAGGGUUUUCUGAUCAAUAUGUUUCAUAUUAAAGUUUAUGCCUCUUGUUCUUCAGCCAUAUCAGCACUGAAACACCGGCUCUGUACUGUAGCAUCUUGUUCCUGGUUGGUUUUUCACUCAGUAUCAGGGUCAGAUUUGGCAUCUCAGAACUGUGAAGUAUUGUCAAGGUGUUGGUGUACUUUUAUAACACAUUAGCUCUGCUAUGUAAGGCUUUUGUUUGAAAAAUGCUUCCAUCUUACUACACUUUGAGCAGGUCCUGUGUGCUGUAUUUCUUAGGUUGAUGAAGAAACACUGAUGUCUUUACUUAAAAUAUACAUUAGCGAGGGAUGUACUGAAUUAGGUUUUGUGUCCAAAUUCCAAUUUUUGUUUUUGUACAGCUCUGACAUAGCUGGUGCUGUACACCAUUCUGCUUUUAGCUAGUUUCCGUUUUUCAUUUAAUUAGAAUCUAAAAGUAUUCUAAAUAUUUUUUUUAGCCUUUUAUCCUUGUGUAAAAAGCAUGAGUUAUUAUUAAACAGGGUUUACCUUUAUUUUAGGGCAAAAAGAAAUUAUAUGGAGUUCAAAUAUUAAGCUGUUUUUAGUACCCUAUAUUAGCAGCUAGAAUAGUUAGCAUUCAUAGCUGUGAAAGACCUAGAGCAGUGCUUCUCAAACUUUAACUCCUCAGUAAAUGUUACGUUUUCCAAGUACCUCCAUCUUUAUCGAGAUGUAGUUGGACUUUUUAAGUUUGUUGUGUUAAACAAAAAAGGAUUAAUAACCUCCCUCUGGCAAAUAAUACAAUGCAAAACAGGUGAAAUUUCCAAGCUUUAUGCUUGGAGAAAAUUAACAAAAAUGACCAUUGAAGUUUGGAGUUUCUCACAUACCUUGACUUCAGAAUCCACUAUGGUUGUCUUGCACAUACAUCAUGUUCUUAGAUGCUGUAAAAACUGUUUAUUUUCACCUCCAAAAUGUGGUUAUUAGUUUCUAUUAGUAAUAAUACCUUGACUACUUGAUAUUUAUAUCAUAGUACUUAGAAAAUCCCAUUGGUUUUCAAAACUCAAAGUGGUGAAGUUUUGAAAACCAGUAUGGGCAAUAUGGUCUAAUUGUCCAUUGCAAUAUGUGAUUAGAUUGACAUAUUAUUAUUUUAAGCAAUAUGGGCUUAAUUGCAUCACCAUAUUUUGUCAUAUUUAUUGCAACAACGUUAAAGGCCUUUCACUAGCUACACCAUCUACAUUAAGCAGGACCACUAAACAGCGUGCAAGAAUCAUAAUAAUUCAUAUUUUAAAAUACUGAUAUUCACUGAUUCCCUAAUAGUUUAAGAAUAGCAAUCCCUAUCAUGUUGGGAUUGGGUUGGGAGUGUUUGCAGACAGCACCAGUUCAUAAAUCACAUUUCAUACUGCAAUAUUUUUCCCCCACUAACAAUAAAUUAAAUGAUAAUAGGUGAUCCCUACUUGGAACUGGAACAUGUCUGUUGGGUUUAAUGUCAUUCUCAGAUUUACAUCUUGACUCCAGAGGAAAAGGGAACAUGAUCACCAGAGGUACUUUAGCUCCAGUUUGAGAACCAUUGCUCUAGAGAACAAUGUAGCCCAUUAUUUGCACUCUGAUAUUUACAAAGGGCUGCCAACAUUUAAGCAUGUUCAACUUUUCUGUAAUAUCUUCUUCCCUUCUGCCCAAACAAUCCCUGUUUGCAGACUUCUCCCUACAGAAAACAAAAAGUCAUGUUUUAAUGCUUCCUAUGCCUUUUGUGCUUUCUCUGAUAUUGUUUGGUACAUCUCAGUGUUACUGUACAUAGCUAACUAUCACUCUUUUUUUAAUAAGUAACAUAUUCCACACCAAAUUGUGAAUCCAAACACAAUAGUGUUUGUGCUGUGUUAUUAUUCUGUUUAUACUCCAAAGUCAUAUUUUCCACGGUCCUGAUUGGAAAUACAACAAUAACACCACCUGAAGUUUGAAUUCCAACUUGGAAAAUCAGAGAUUUCUUUAAAGUUAUCGAGCUAAAAAUUCAAAUAAAGCUCUUUUGCAUAAAAAAAACAGUUGAAGUUGUUGGGACACACUAUUUUUAGUAUUUCUGAUGGUUGGUAUCUACCAUCACUCAUAUCGCUAAUAUAAGCUGUAUAUUAGUGAUAUACAUAGAGAUGUGUAACCUCUAUUUGUAAACUUGUUACCUUUAAUGUCUGAAAGCAUAAAAAUAUAAAUGUGUUGUUAUUGGAAAGUAUUGCUUCUAGUAAUUGGCUCUGCAAAAAAAAUUGCAAAUCCCACUGGUUUUCAGACAUGCAGCUAAAAUAUUCAAGUAUAGUUAGACAUUAUUUUGUCAUCUUAUUUCAAACCUAUGGGAUAAAUCAGACAGCAAUAGCUUUGGUCUGUUCACUGACUGGGAAGCUAUCAGACUGUUGAGUUUCCAGAAGUCUAUCACUGUUCAAGCUAAAUAUCAUCUAGAUCUGGCCACUAGCCAAUUCCUAUGUGCAACUGUAUUUAUUUGCUUCACUUAAUGUUAAAGUAUAUGCUACCUGUUACUAUAAACAUUGGCUAAAAAGAUAUUUAUGGGUAAUAUAUAUCUAACGUCCAUGGAUGCACUGAGCCAUGUGAAGAUAAGGCUUUUGAUAGCAGGUCAUCCAGUAUUUGUAAAUACAAGUAUAGAAUAUAUGUAUGUUUGCCUCCCUGCUUUAAAUAUUGUAUACCAGAGGUUGUUGAAUUUAAGAUUUGUUGCCAGCAGAAUAUGGUAUAAAAUUAUGAGCUUGACGAGAAAUGUUUGGUUAAAGUUAUACAAGCUGCAAUAUCUGCCCCAGUUAAGAGGUGCAGUGCAAUAACGUUAAACUCCUGUGUAUAGUUCUGGCUUGUAUACUUAUGUCGGUUAUAUAACUAUAUAUGUCUUUACAAUGGCACUCUGCUUGCUGUGCUAAGAUUUCCACUUUGUUCGAGCAGCACUGGUGCAACGGGGAAGCACAGACAAAAAGGCCUCUGUAAACACUUGGCGGGGUUAAGUUGAUCAAAGAGCGCAGUUGCCUCUUUGAGCAGCAGAAGGUGACCCGAAACACUGUUUCAGUCCUGUUUUGAUUUUUACAGCUUCCAAACCUGAAAGCAGCUAUGAACCGGGAACAAAGUGACACAUCAGUUUCUGAAUAUGCUACCUAGCAAGUGCUCCAGAUUAUUCGCUAUGAGUCAUAUAUUUACUGUCAGUGCAGACCUGGUCCAGGCAACAAGCUUCAGGCUGCCUUGUUUUUGAAUACCUCUCAGAAUGAACACUGUUACAGGGUAACUGAGCCAUACUGGUUAUAUUCAGCAGGACUAACAUGUACUGUAUGUUUGCAUACAGGAGUAAUAUCAGCUUUACUAAAAUCAGCAUCUUAAUGUAUACCAGUAAAAUGUGCAAGUUUAGUGUGAAGCUGUAACAAUUUGUAAUUUGGUACCAUGAGAUAUUCAGAUACAUCUAUUUCUGUUAAGUUCUUGUAUUUCACUCUCUCCAAAAGAACAAAAAGGCUUUGCAAAAGUAUCCAUAUGUCCUAAACUUAAACAUAGUGUAAUGCUACAACUACUAACUUUAAUAUACUUAAUUGGGGUUUUUUGUUAUAAAUCAGCACAAACCUCAAAGUGAUUGUGAGUGAGGUGAAGAUGAAAUGAUGUUUUCUUUAAUGUUUUUUACAAAUACAGAUUUGAAAAUUGUGGUGUAUUUGGCCCCAUCAGCCAAUAUUUUUAUAAACAGAAAUGUAUCUAGUUAUUACCCUUAUGAUAACUGUACCAGCUGUGCACAACUGGAGACUGAAAUGCUUGCUCAUUAUUUGCAAAAUAGCUCAAGUUCAGAUUUUGCAAGCAUUGUUUCCAAGUCUUUCCAUACGUUCUUAACUGGAUUUGGGGUUUAAAACUUUGACUGGGUCAUUUUAACACCUGGAAAUGUUUCGAUUUAAAUGAUUCCAUUGUAGCUCUGGUUGUAUGUUUAUGAUGAUUAUCCUCGUGAAAUAGGAUCAUAAUCACAUGCCAAUCACAAGCUUUAUUCGAGGAUUGCAGUGUAUUUAUCUCCAUUCAGCUUCUCAUCAACCCCUACUAGUUUUCCUGUGACUGCUGAAGCUUUCCCACAAAAUCAUGCUGCCACCAUCAUAGGAAUGGUGUGUGCAGAGGUAUUUGCAAUGUUUAGUUAAAAAUCUAAUUUGGUCUUAUCUAACCAGAGCACCUUCUUCCAUAUUUAUGCUGUCUCCCCCAUGGUGUUGAGCAGACUUCAAACAGGAAAUUGUGCUUUCAACAGUGGCCUUCUGCUUCCCGCUCUUUAGUAUUAGGUAGGUGUCCUCUGAAGGCCAGUUGGUUGCACUGGAUUAUCUCUAAGGGUAUCAGAUUUAAGGGGGCUGAUUACAAUUGCACACCAUUUUUAUAUAUAGUUAAAAACCAUAGUUUCCCUCCCUUCCACUUCAGUUUUAUUCACUACUCUUCACCAGUCACAUAGAAUCCCAAUAAAAUAUAUUGAAAUUUGUGGUUGCAAUGUGACAAAAUGAGAAAUUCAAAGGGUAUGAAUACUGUUGCAAGGCACUGUGCAUUUUAUACACUGUUAAUUUGUAAGACGUUGACCUAAUUCUUUAAAUAAUGCAAUUCAAAGUUUGAUUUUCUUCAUUUUUUCGACUGUUUUCAUGUUAAAAACAUACAAAGUUUUAAACGUUUUUAUAAACCUUGGGAUAUCUGCAGUAGAAGGACAUUGAUCGGUUUCAUUUUUUAGGAUUUCAAGUGUCUACUUUCUGGACUAACAUUUUGUGCAGCGUGUAAUCUUUCAAUAGAAGCCCUUGGUGUCAAAAAUGACUGUAAAAAUAUGUCAGGGUGGCUCACCUGAUGUCUCUGUAUACUUUUGGGCACUGUGAAUAAAACAAUAAAGUUUUUUUGUUUUUGAGGUAAUUAAGAUUUGUAUGGACUUGUUUGUGUUUACCAUCAAAAGUUUUAAAAGGAGGAAGUUGCUACAUUCAAAUGACCACUAGAUGGCAACAAAGCAAUUCUGGUGUGUAAGAGGCCUAUGUAAAAGGGAGACCCACCAUCCCGUAUGGAAAGGGGGAGAGGCGGGGGCUCUCCACAGGGCCGUGUUUAUAGUAUAAAUAGUUAGGUCACGUAUGAAUCAAAGUGAUGAUUUCUCUGAUGUAACGGUAGCUUGGGGCUGUAAAGUUUAUGUGUCAACAAGAAACUUUGGAGGCAAAGUUGUGAUCGGUUGUAGUUUACAGGUCAAACAAAAGAGAGGAUGAGGAUGAAUGAGUCACAAUGUUGACUCUAGAAAUUAAGAUACUCUCUGACCGCUAAUAAAAACUGAACUUCUCUGGUAAAACCUUCUGAUAAACAUAAGUGUCUCUUAAAUAAAGAGCAAGAGUGAAGCUACUUUUUUUUAUACACAAGCGAAAGAAUGUAGGGUGGUGUUCUUUGCAGAUAAGUGUUGCAGCUAGCCUGUGUUUCCCUCAUUUGCAUGCCAUUGAUUUGCAAUGCAAAUCAGGCUUGUAGAUUGUGUAAGAUGUGGGGUCUGCUAAUAAAUCACAUUACACAGUGGUGGCUGACUUUUCUAAACUUUAUCUUGUUCAGAGUUUCAACCAGAAGCCUGUAUUAGAUGCUAAAACAAGACUUUCUCUGUUCUCUGGGAAAAUGUAUCAAAGAAAAUGUAUCACUCAUGACAAGAGACAAACAGUUACUUGCAACCGCAAGGACUUUAGGCAAUAUAACUUACAUUUUUUAUUGAUUUUAAGAUACCACAGUUAUGGAUAUGACCUUAGUUGUCUCACUGGGGCAUGUCAUCAGGUGCCUAUUCAUGCUCCGUGUUCCACUCCCACUCACCCCCCAACCACACACACACAAACACACGCCCAUACAAUUUAAGUAGAGUCAGUCAGCAUUCAUCCAGCAUGUGUCACUAUAAAUAUUGACACUGCAAACAAAGCCCCCUCUUUAGCCCCUUAAAUUACACUCAUUUAAACGCUCCCUUGGUAAAAACACGCGCGCUAUCAGACCACUGCACAGAUAAACAUCUACCUCCGAAUGUAACCCCUCAUCUAUAGCUGCGAGACGUGGGAUUCACACCCGACUUUAUAGAUGUACAUUUUUAAACCUAAAAAAAAAAAGAAGAAAGAAAUGUCAACUGUAAUCUGUCUUGGCCCUGCAGCUCAAAGAUAAAGAGGGCUAUGUGCAGAAAGUGAAAAAUGAAACUUGUGGCAAUGAUGUACGGCUUCUUUCUCAGUUCACAUGUCUGGCUUCUGUGCUGUGCACCGAAAGGGUUAAUCUCCUCUUGUUAGUCAGCAUCCUCUUUUCUGUAUUUUUUGUUUUGCCCUUUGUCUUUCCAUUGUCUGGCACUUAAUCUCCUGCUUUGAAUAACUAAGAUUUAGUGGGAUCUUAAUUCAGUUAUCAACACCAUGGCAACAGCUGCUAGAACAGUGUUUGCUCAUCUGCCAGUAGCUCUUAGUUUAACAGAAAUAAGAAAUUACAGAAUGGGAUAAAGUUUUCAUAUCAAUUUGUGGACCAAAUUAAUGAGCCUGUUUUCCCCAAACCAACUUCAUGCAACUCUUAUGAGCGCCAUUGUCGAGCUUUCUGUUUACCUUAAUAUCCCUGACAGGCCAUCAAAACUGUAGAAAUAUUUCAGCUCUGGACAAAUUAUUGUGCAUUAGAGCCACCAUUUAUUUCUGCUAUGAAAAUGUGCCCAAGCCAUUUCUCAAGACAAAAAGCCACUGAAGAAACUAAUCUAAUUUCUAAAUUCAAAAGCUUGUCAGAGAGAGGCCAAGACCCAAGAACUUGUAACUGUCCGAAAACAAGUCAUAGCAGUUUAGGCAAAGCUGUAUUAUGAGCCUUUACAGCCUUUAAUGACAUACUUUGCAUGGUGUGAAAAUUUACACAGGAAACAUAAGUAGAAGUUAGUGCACCACCAAUGGCCUUCCUACAUACUGAGUACACAGCAUGAAGAGUGGUGCAAAAAAAAAGAAAAAUGUUUAUUUAAAUUGUUAAUUUAAAUAAAGAAUGUUUUAUAUAUUUUUGCACUGCAUUGGUUUUAUGAAAACACCUUUUGUUUUCUUCUCAGUAUGUGUUUCAAACAGGAAGACCAUUGGUGGCACACAGCUCCCUACCUCGAUUUCCUUUAUAAAUAUUUGUCAGUUUAUGCAUAAAUAGUCAAGUAGAAUUUGAGACAGUCUUUUGUGGAUUUGUUCAAUGCUUUAAUGAAAUUCAGAAGUUUACAUACACUAAGAUUGCUGUACCUUUAAACAAUUUGGGAACUCGGCGAUGAUGAUAACGACAUGGCUUUUUAAGAUUCUGACUUGUUAACUGACAACAUUAGAGUUAAAGGUUUCAAUUUGUAAAUCCACUAGCAUGCAAAUGAUCAAAUAAACUACAAUUUAAGUGAGUGAGGGAAAAGGAACAUCAGCUCAAUGACGAAGCUGGGAAAUUAAAGCUUGUGGACAACAAAGUCAAUGUUUUUCUGUGGCCAUUACAAAUCGGUGCUCAAUUUAUGAAACCAACUAAAAAGGCUGUGUGCACAAUGCGGCCUACAAGCCUGACUCGGUUACACCAGUUCUGACAAGUUUCUGUAAAUCUCUGUAAACUUCUUCUUAACUUACUUUUUCUUUCAUCAUAUUAAAGCAAAUCUGUAAAAAUAUUCACUCUUGUUAUUUUGUCAUUAAGGAGAUGGAAAUAAUUCUGCUAAUCCUGACUGACUCAAAUCAGGAAAAACACAGUCAUAUUUCUUCUGGCCAAAUCUUUUUAGACAGUGUAUGUAAAAAUCUGGUUUGACAGGGGAAGAGCGCAUAAAACACAAAAGGGUAGAUGCUAAUGCUAAUCUUGCGGCUGUGUAUGUGAUUCAUGCUCACAGUAACUAAAGCAUGCUCUAAUCCUGAUUACUUCUUAAAAAAGCAUCUCUUCUUUUUGAGCAUCUUUGCAGAAGGUGGUUUCCAUGCAGCACAUUGGUCGUAUCAUCAAAUGAUUAAAGUGUGCGCGUAGGGGGAGGAAAGGGUUAAUUUCUCAUGCAGUAUUAAGAUCUUCAACAUCAACACCCACACAUCAAGUGUAGAAGUUCACAUUAUGUACAUUACUAAAUAUGUACAUUAUUAAUAAAGUGAUUCCGGAAAAAAAAGGGGGGGAUGGGAGGAAACAAUAUUUUGUGGCCCUAAUGUGAUGUUUUGUUUUUUGUUGCUGCUUAUGGGAUGAUAAACAACAUAGAGAUCUGCCCUGUAGAGACACACCUGCCAGAGUUCAUCUGUUCACCUUCAGUGUGUGGGAAUCAUGGCCAGUAGAGUGCUGUAUACGUCUCAUGCAACUACAGUUAUUUUCAUUUUAAUUUGGUGCAAGCAUAUGCUUACAGACGGAUUUGCUGACUGCUUCUGACAAUUUGCAUCUUCCAAAAUAUGUGCAAGAGUUUGUGGGCAGAUGAGAGCAAGAUAGAUGGCACAUAUUAACCUUUGUUUGGUAAAUUAAUACCUAACAGAGGUCAUGUUUUUUGUUUUUUUGUCACCGAAGCUGCUGCUGAAGUCUGUACACAGUGAAAGUUUCUUUCUGAUUUGUGUUACAAAAACGUAAUGGUUUAGGUAGGAUGUUAUGGUUUCCUGUCGAUUUCUGACGUGUUCUGAUCAGAUCUAUCCCAUGGUUUGAACUUUGGACCUUUGCAGUAUAACCUGCAACUACACAAAGAAGUCCUUUGGUGCACCUUUUGCAAUCACUUGUUCAUUUCUUUUAAUAUUAAAAGUAAAUACCUUCAAAAAGCUAAUUGGAAAAGUGGUCCUACUAGUGAGCUCAAAUAGUAUGUUCUUUUGUUAUUUAAAGUUUAUUUCUGCAAACAUUGUUAUGGACUUCUCUUUAGUGUUUUUCCAUUUCUACUCAGUAUUCCCUCCCUGGUUCACUGAGGAAACACGAGUAGCUUCCUGUAAAUCAUGUGCUUUCUUGUUGUAUCAAGUGCAGCUCAACCUGCUUGGCCUGUUCCUCCAGCUCAGCAUCACUAGUCAAAAUCAUAUUGCUAUCACCAUUACACGGAUACAGUCAUAUUGUUGCUCCUGUAAACACACGUUUUAGGUGUAGACUUAUCCAUGUGUGACUGUGUUUAUUUUGUCCAGAUUUGGGGGGCAUGUGUAAUGUUUGUUUGUGGUUUGCAUGCCAGGGUUUUAUGGUGGGAUUCUUUUUUGCGGUUUGUGAACCUCUAACCACCUGAAUACUAAAAAAAAAAAUCACUUUUUUUCAGGUCACACUAGAGAUGCUAUGUGUUUUAGCAGAGAGCUGUUUGCACAAAAGUAAUGAAUAUAUAUAUAUAUAAAUAAAAAAACCAGCAACAAAUGUUUUGUGUGCUGCUAGAAAUAGAUCAUAGAUUAUCUUUUCAUCUGAAAGGAAACCCCAGAUAAACACAACAGCAGGAACUUAACAGAGGACACACAAAAAGGUUACCUUUAAUGGUAUUGAAUUCCAAGUAGACCAUGAAGAAAAGAUUUAUUUAAAAAAAGACUGCACAGUGACUACACAAAGCUCCUUUGUGCUUAAUUUUAAAUGUAGUAACAAAAAUUGAUUGGUUUGAAGUAACAAAGUUAUCUCAACUUGUUACAUAGCAGCAUAAAUGUUGUCAAAAACUAGAAUAAAGUUGCUCAACUAACAAAAAAACUCAGUGCAGUUAGCCACUGCCUUAGCUAGCAAUGUAGCACUGAAGUAAAAUACAUUAAAGGAGAAUAUUAUGUAAAAUUUCAGCUUUAUAUAAUUUUAUAAUAUUAUUUCCUCAUCAAAAACAUGCCUGAAGUGUCGUGUUGACUCAUUCAAUUUCACUGUUUUUUGAGUAUUAUCUUGACAUUUUGUGUCAAGAUUUUUAAAAGAUAGCUAAUUUGAUAGCUUUUUGAAAAGCUAUCAAAUUUAUUUUCGAAAAGUUCUGCUACUUCUAAAGACCUUAUCCGUUUGGUCCAUUCCAUGACCUUGCCAAUGACAGUUUGCUAUUUAAAAAAAUCUGACAAAAAAAAGAGAAAGAAAUAAAAGAAAGCUUUUAGCAAAUGCCACUGUUUCAUCUAAUUUGUUUUGUUUGUGUCAGUAAUAUAUUAAGGGAGAAACUGGCAGAAGUUUAGCGACUCCCUCUUUUUAUUUACCAAGCUAUCACUGUUGGAUUUAUAAGAAUUCCCUUCUCAGAUUUGAAACUCCUGCUUAAGAACUCAAAUUCAGCAUACCAGAACAGCAGUAAAAUAUGCUAAGAUUAAUUUAAGCAAGUCUAAGCAUGUUUAUUUGUUGGCUUCGUUAUGUAACUUGCCUCUUGCCUUCUUUACAUGUAAAUGUGUGCAUGCAUAGAUGUUUAUCUUGUGUGUCUUUGUGUUACCCUAUGAUGGAGUGGUGACCUGUCUGUAGUGUAUAUACCCCACCUUUCACCCAUUGACCACUGAACAUGGGAAACCCCAUCACAAACCUGCAAGAAUUAAUAGGAUUUUAUUUGAUAGACACAGAAGCAGCCAAGAGGGCUAUGCUCUGGAGGAGAUUCAAAGAUCCACAAAUCAGGUGGGAGAAUAUGUCGACAAGAUAAUUACUAGUCAUGCUCUCCACAACAUUGGCUCGAAUAGGAGAGUGGCAAGAAGAAAGUCCCAAUUAAUAUUUUGCUGCAAGUCAUGUAGGAGGCACAUAAAGCAUGUGGAAGAAGGUGUUCUAGUCAGACGAGAACGGAAAGUAACUUUUUUUUUCCCCCUUUCCUUUUACAAUGCAAAAUGAAGUGUGGCAGGAAAAAUAACAUGGCCCUCAUUCAAUUGAGAAUCUGUGGCAAGGCUUGAGAAAUAAUGGUCUCUGUUGUUGUCCAUAACCUGACUGAUUUUGAACUGCUUAAUGAAGAAAGGGGGAAAAAGCUCAGUGAAAUAAUUGUAAUUAAUGUAGCAAACAACUGUACAAAAUAAAUGAGUUGAAUGA